AUGGCUAGAGGUAACCAAAGAGAUUUAGCAAGAGCUAAAAAUUUGAAAAAACAAAAAGAAGCUGCUAAAAAUGCUAAAAAGGAAGGUGAUCCAAAGAAGAGAAUGCAAUCAGAUGCUGACAUUUUAAGACAAAAACAAGAGGCUGCUAACAAGAGAAAAGAAGCUGAAGCUUUAGAAAAACUAAAAGCUGACAGAGCUAAGGGUUAA